GGGACCUGCUGGCAGCUGGAGAGAGGAAGAAGAGGAGCAUCCUUCUUUCGCUUCACAUCAAUAUACAGGGAAAUGACUUGAAAAGAACGAAGAGGUGGCUUUUUUAAAAAAACUUACUUGAAUGCUCUAACGUCGACAGGGCGGGGAAGCUAGCUAAACAACACUGCUACUUUUAUUUGAUUUUUUUUUCUACUGAAUUGACAUUUUACGAGCGAGUAGCUAUAGGCUGUUUGGGAUAUCUUCCAUACUGUCUUUCCUUUGUUGGGAAAUAUCUGCUCUGUUUUAAAUGAUAACUAUGUGAUGCUCCUGCAAAGAAGAUCAGUCUGACAGCUUCAAGGUGCUUGAGGAGAUCCUCCAGGAGGUCUGGAUCGUUUGCAAGACCCAGGCAGCGUUGGGAUGACUUGACAAGUCGAUGGAACCCCACGAGGGCGUUGUUGUCCAUCUGAAUGGCGCAGUGGCGCAUGGCCGCAUGUCACGUUGCCUUACAGUUGAGAUAACGCACCUUGUUCGCCAAGUGCACAGUUGGGCCUAAAGACCAUCUGGGAUCAAUGCAUAUGGAAUUGUUUUAGGUCCUUGGACAUGCAGGGACGCAUCAGGACCAAACUGGAUCACCAUCAGUGACCUCAUGACCCCUGCAGAGGUCAGAUAGCUGGUAAGCAGUGAACUCCAUAUUCAAAUCAAAGUGGAUAUUGACCACAAGGCUGUCGGGAUGAGCGCAUGAUUGUUGCCGGUCACCCGCCGCUCAUCAUCCUCGGCCAUGACCCGGCUGAUGUUGGGCCGAACUCUGGAGCGCAUCUGCAAAGGCGUCCUGCUGCUCUGCUUGCUCCACUUCCUCAUUAUGAUGAUCCUCUACUUCGACGUUUACUCGCAGCGCUUCGACCUGUUCAGCCGCUUCAACAACGGACGUAACGGCUCCCGGAAUAACGGCAGCGGAGCAACAGGGAGCGGACAUCAUUUUUACUACUACAACAUAUCCAGGCCCAACGCCACAUCAGCUAGCUUCUUAGCUGCGGGCAAACAGGCGGGGCCGAGUGUCCAGCCACAGACCAAUCAGGCACCUUCGCCCAAGCCCUUGCCGCCAUGUCCUGAGAACCCUCCUGGCCUGGUGGGCCGCUUGCUGAUCGAGUUCAGCUCCCAGAUGACGAUGGAGCGAGUACAGAGAGAAAACCCCAACGUGACCGAGGGCGGCCGCUACACACCUCCUGACUGCCGGCCUCGAUGGAAGGUGGCCAUCAUCAUUCCAUUCCGUCACCGUGAAAAUCACCUAAAGUACUGGCUCCACUACCUCCACCCCAUCCUGAGACGGCAGAAGAUCGACUACGGGAUCUACAUCAUCAACCAGUUGGGUGACGACACGUUCAACCGUGCCAAACUUUUAAACGUGGGCUACACGGAGGCCCUGAAGGAUGGCGACUACAACUGCUUCAUCUUCAGCGACGUGGACCUGAUCCCCAUGGAUGACCGCAACCUCUACCACUGCUACGAGCAGCCCAGGCACUUCGCCAUUGCAAUGGACAAGUUUGGCUUCAGGCUGCCCUAUGCGGGCUACUUUGGAGGAGUGUCAGGCCUCAGUAAAAAACAGUUCCUGAAGAUCAAUGGCUUCCCCAAUGAGUACUGGGGCUGGGGAGGGGAGGACGAUGACAUCUACAACAGGAUCACUCUGAAUGGGAUGAAGGUGUCCAGGCCAGACGUUCGCAUCGGUCGCUACAGAAUGAUUAAGCACGAGCGGGACAAACACAACGAGCCCAACCCGCAAAGGUUCAAUAAAAUCCAGAACACCAAGAACACCAUGAAAAAGGACGGCAUCAGUUCUCUCACCUAUAGACUGGUCCAGACCAAGAGGUACCCGCUGUACACCAACAUCUCAGUGGAGAUCGGUAAACCACCCCCUAGGCCUUUCCGGGGAUAGGAGCGCUGGAUGAGCGGAGACGGAUGAAGGAAGUAAGGAAUUCUCAAGCACACUAUUGUCAGGACUGCGGACAGGUCGCGUACCUUCUGAAUUUGAAGACGUUAGGCCACAGUUGGAAUCAAACCAGCAAUUUCAAACGGAAGAUACCCACUGGUCCACAGGCAUGGAGCUGAACCAUGGGGAUUCACUGAAUGAGGACCGCAACAAUUCCGGAGUAAAUAAAAUGGCAGUAGGGGAUCAAAAACCUCAAGUUCACGUGGUUUUUUUUUUUGUUAUAUAUCCAAAAACCAUGAACAUCAUGAUGAGGGAUCUCCCAGAAGACUUCAUUGAAGCUGGGAUGCUAUUCAGUGAAAUAUCAAGAAGGCAGCCAAUGGCGGCUAAUGGAAUCAUUAGCAUACAAUAGCGAUGGUGUGCAUAUCAGUUGACUCUUAAUCCCACUCACAUCAGUACAUUUUCCUGCAGGAGUCACCUUUUUCGCUACCGAAAUACUCCAAAAUUGACGCCGUUGGCGUUAACGAACGAAUGAAUGUAUGGUGCCUGCAUCUCCCACACGAGCCCACACUGGUGACAUAAUGGAACUACUGGUUUUGCAACAUGAAUAUAUGAAUAUACACGUUGAAGCUGUGGGGAAAAAACGGUGCUGUUUGUUUUGGAAGCGAAUCAUUUGAGAUUAACUUUAUUGAUUCCACAUUUGUUCUGAUAAUGUGAGUGGUAAAGGUGCAGUUACUGAGCUUGUAUUAUAAUAAUCUUAUUAUUUGACAUGAUGUGAGGCACAACGGGGUCAUAAUACUUUAUACUCCCGAUAUAAUAUUCAUAUCAUUUAUUUUUAAAGCCUGUUGUUGUUGCACAGAAGACGCUAUCUUGUUUUUAAUUACUUUAUCAUUCUGGGGUUUUUUUUAAGCUAAUCUUCUGUGGACUCAUUGGGCUCAUGUAUUUAAUAUUAUUUCAUUUUAUUUGAGGCACAAAGGGCUUAACAAAGUGGCUCCACAGACAUAUUAAUACUCCUAAAUUUUAUUUUAAUGCCUUUUACUUUUACAGACAAAAUAAGAUACACAAAAUGACAUUUUAACCUUUUUAAAUUGAUUUUUUUAUUGAUUUUAUUUUGUGCUAUAUAUCUAUAUCUGACUUAGUGGCACGUUGCAUUUUUGUUUUCAUAUAAUUUUAUGUUUUACUUCUACAGACAAAAUAAUACAGCCAAAUUCUAUUACUUGUCUGGCUUCAUGAAAAAUAUCAGCUUAUAGGAAAUGAAACUGUGAUUCACGUUUUAUUUUCAUCAGCUGUCACUUUUAAUAUGGGAGUCGAUUUCAUCACAAUAUGAGAAACAAUGAGCCUUAUCAAUCAUACACUAUUCUUUCUGACAUGUUUUUGUUUUGGUUGACAUUUAUUGUUCUUUUUUUUUUUUUUUUUUUUGCAGAAACAAGGUACUUUUCAUUAUCAUAUAUUUGAAUCAUUCAUCUACCUUGUCCUUUGUUGCUGUUCUGGCACCGUUACUGUUGUCGCCUAUAUGCCGAGCCGAUGCCUUCAGUAGUUUCAGUAUUUCUAUUAGUUCAAUGACAAAAACCAAAACUCACGUUUAAGAUAUUUUUUUCUUAUUUGUGGGCUUUUAUUCUCUGAAAAGUUGUGUAUUGACAGCUUCCUCUGAGGGAAACUGUCUCCAGCUCAUCGUCACUCUUAUCUUGGCCUCUCUGAAGCGCACACACUCAUUAUGUCUUCCCUCUUUAUUGUUAUUUUUUGCAUUUUAUCACCUUUAAUUGCCUUUUCAGAGUCCAAUUGACCUUUCCUCCCUGCCCCUUGCCGUCGUCCCGCUGCAGGGUUUAGUGUCGCAAUCAACUCCCGUCUCUAGUCUAUAUUUUAAUUUGUUUAUGAGGCGAUAUAAAUGCUGUCAAGUAAUAAAGCUUUUGAAUUUAUCCACAACAAUGUGUGGUAACCCUUACGGCUGCCACAUGUAAGCUUCGGAUGCCUGGAAGCUGAGCAAAAUAUGUAGCUAUGCUAAAAGUGGUAGAUGGACGCUGUCUGAUGAUAACCAUGCCUGUCAUAUUUCUGUUUUACAGAAAAACGCAAUGUCAAUAUUUGACAUUCAGAUCAACAUACGGUAAUUCAACAUAGUCGUCUGAAAUGGAAGUAUGUUUUUUUGAUAGCUGGUCAAUGGACAUGUCAACUGGGUAAACACACGUUGUUGUUAAAACGUACGUACAGUUAUCACUCCCCACUUGGAAUCUUAUGGUUUUACUUUAUGAUGGUUUUUCAAAAACAUACUAAUAAAUCAUAUUGUUUUGUGUUUCAAUAUGGUUUAUUAUUAGUAAAAAAUAAUAUGAAUUCAUUCAUUCAUUUUCUACCGCUUAUCCUCACAAGGUUCGUGGGGGGUACUGGAGCCUAAUAAUAUAAAUAUUGAAGCAAAUUUUAAUGAUUAUUUUGGAAAUUAAUGUAAAUGUAGGACUGUAAACCGCUACUUUUUUCACAUGAAACACGCGGCUUAAACAAUGAUGUGGUUCAUUUAUGGCUUAAAGACCUACUGUUCCCAUGAUGCUUAGAGUGCUGAUUCAGGAAGUAAUGAAUUGGAGUAGCAAAGUGAAUGCUAAUGUCCCGUUUUGACAUUUUGCACAAGGAUCAAUGUUUUGAUCUGACAAAUCUAAAGUGGAUUUGAUCAAGUGUAGAAUUACGACAGCAUAAGAACUCUGAACUGUUGAACUCUGAUUAAAAAAGUAGGAUUACUGUACAGUGUACGGCGACCGAGUGGUUAGCGCGCUGGCCACACAGCUAGGAGACCUGAGUUCAAUUCCACCCUCGGCCAGGUCUGUGUGGAGUUUGCAUGUUCUCUCUGUGCAUGCGUGGGUUUUCUCCGGGUACUCCGGUUUCCUCCCACAUUCCAAAAACAUGCUAGGUUAAUUGGCGACUCCAAAUUAUCCAUAGGUAUGAAUGUGAGUGUGAAUGGUUGUUUGUCUAUAUGUGCCCUGUGAUUGGCUGGCGACCAGUCCAGGGUGUACCCCGCCUCUCGCCCGAAGACAGCUGGGAUAGGCUCCAGCACCCCCGCGACCCUCGUAAGGAUAAGCGGUAGAAAAUGAAUGAAUGAAUGAAUGAAUGAAUUCUGAUAACCAGUGGAGAUAUUUGUUAAAAGGUGGCAUUAUUAUUAAAACAUGUUAUCAUUGGUUGUUUAGCUAAAUACCUUUAAGAAUACAUGAAUUCAUGAAUUCAUGAAUAUGAAAAUGUUAUCUUAAAAAGCCAUCAAAUCGUAAACUGGGAUUGAGAUGGUUUUCACCAGAUGGCGUCAAUUUGCAGGGGAAAAAAAUGCUUAUUCUAUGAAUAUUGUAAGGUGUUUUUUCUGUUAAAAAGUCAUCAAAUCAUCUUGAACUGGACCUACUAAAUUUUCCCAGGGGAAAAAUGUAAAUUAAGAUGAGUGUCACCGACACUGAUAAUCAAGAGAGUUUUUUUGUAGGUAUUUUUCCAUUUUUGGAAGACAGUUCUGGAGGCCAAUGGAAAUACUUGUUCAAAAUGUUUCGUCGUUUGCUUUAGAUGUUUUUAACAGCACAGACGGGAGAACACCGGACCCUUGUUAUGUUAAAUCACUCUUUAAAUCAUCAUAAAGUGGACUUGCAAGGCUUUUGCAAAAAAGUUAAUUAUGUUUUUUCAUUAUGUGACAAAUCCAAAUUCCUGUCCAGCGACGAUGCCCUUAAUGUCCAAUACAUAUUUUUUUUUUGCCUUUUUAUUCAUUCAAUGCUUCAUCAAUCAACAUUGUCUCACAGGAAUUUAGUGGGAAAUUGUACAAAAGGGUAUAUUUUGUAAAUUACUGACCCAAAACAACCAAAAACAAAUGGAUGUGUCAGACACAUCUGCCAUAAACUCACAACAUGUUGGGUUAUUAGGAGUACAGUUUCAUUAUUUCAUGACUAUUCAUGAAACAAAAAUAUUGUGCCGUCUACAAAAUUGCCACGCAUUUUGUACAAAAUCGUACUAAAGCCUGCCUCAUCAAGCUUACCGCAUAUCACAGUCAGGCCUAAUUUCAUCAAAAAGGUCUGACAUGUUUAGAGUUUAGAAUAGAAACACAGCCCCCGGUGUGUACUUUACACAGGAACUGUACUUAUCUCCUUGAAGUGAGGAGACGCCGUGAACAGUGCUUGAUGUCUCCUAAUGGACUCCAAAAUGGAGGGCGCUGUUGUUGAAGCCACGGUCGUCAAGCACACAUCCGGUGUUUACUUCCUCCAUACAGGAUACACACUUCCUGCCCGUGCGCACAGUGGGCGGGCUUUCUUGCCUGUGUGGUCUUUGUUUAUAAACAAAGAACAUCAAAAAGAACAUCAAUAUACUGUAAAUCCAAGUUCUUUUGUACAUUGAAUGUUAAAAAUUGUAUCUUAUAUCGAAUGCAUUAUGUCAUAUCAAAACUAAUUUUUCUAUACAAUCAAUAAAU